AUGUCAGAAAUAAGCGAGGAAGAGUACCUCCAGUUGGAAAAGGAGAUCAACUUGGAUGACAUUGAUUUCUCAGAUUUAGAGGAAAAAUACGAGGCUGAUACUGGACUGGACAACAUUGUUGUUGUAGAUGGAGCACCGAUUGCACCAGAAGCAAAAGUUCCGAUUUUGAUUAAAGUUUUGAGAAAACUUUUCAGCACUGUUGGUGAGAUUGUUGAAGGAGAUGAAGGUGUAUUUAUGCCUAUGGAGAAUGGGAAGUCAAAAGGGUUUCUUUUCAUCCAAUACAAAACAGUAGAUGAAGCAGAUGUCGCAAUUAAGAAAUUGAAUGGUAAGAAAUUGGAUCUGCAGCACAGAUUAUUGGUUAACAAAUUAUCAGACAUUGAAAAGUAUGCGUCUAUUAAAUCCGAGUUUCAAGAACCAAAAAUAGAGCCAUUCAAAUCUCAUGGAUACUUACAAAGUUGGUUGCAAGAUGAACAAGGCAAAGAUCAGAUUGUCUUGCAUUUCAACGAAAAUGUUGGAGUCUACUGGAACAAAAAGGCCAGCGAGCCUGAACCAGUUAUUGAGCCAAGAAAAGGUUUUACUUCCAAGUAUGCCAAAUUUUCUCCAAAAGGUACCUACCUUUUUUCCAUUCACCCACAAGGUGUUCAGUCAUGGGGUGGAUCCGAUUUCCAUAGUGUUAGAAGGUUUUUCCAUAAUCAGGUUAGACUUGUUGAUUUUUCUCCAAAUGAAAAGUACAUGGUAACAUUGUCGCCUGCUCCUAUUUCUUUACCAGAUUCAGUGGCCGAGAGACAGCAGUUCCCAUUUGGACCUGAGAGUGAGGGUCAUAAGUUAGUAAUUUGGGAUUUGGCUACUGGAGAGCCGGUUAGAACCUUUGCUUUACCACCACAUCUCGAAAACCAAAAGGAGAUGCCUUGGCCGUUAGUGAAGUGGUCUUUUGAUGACAAGUACUGUGCUCGUCAAGGGCCAGAUGCAUUGGCCAUCUAUGAAACACCUAGCUUCCAAUUAUUAGACAAGAAACUCGUGAAAAUUGACGGUAUUCAAGAUUUUGAAUGGGCACCAGCUGGAGUCAAGUUACACAAUAGCAAAAGCAAAACCGGCGAACAUAUUUUGUCAUACUGGACUCCCGAAAGUACAAAUCAUACGGCAAGAGUUGCUAUUAUGCACAUACCGAGUAGACAAGUUUUACGUACUGUGAAUUUGUUUCAAGUUAGUGAUUGCAAAAUGCAUUGGCAAAGUGAAGGUAAAUUGUUGUGUGUCAAGGUUGAUAGACACACAAAAUCGGGUAAAACCAUUUUCUCCAAUCUUGAUUUUUUCAAAUUGAGUGAGAAGGAUAUUCCAGUUGAAAAGUUAGAGUUUAAAGAUGUUAUCAUUAACUUUUCUUGGGAGCCAAAGAGUGAAAGAUUUGUUACUAUCAGUAGGUUGGAUGACGGGAACCCUAACCCAGCCAUUCCAAAGAAUACUAUUUCCUUUUUUGCACAAGAAGACACCAAGGGCAAGAAUGCUAAUCCCAAGUACAAAUCUUACAAAACAAUCGAGAACAAACAUUCAAAUACAGUUAUUUGGUCACCAAAGGGAAGAUACGUUGUUGUAGCAUCUAUCACCAGACCCAGUGGUGAAAUUGACUUUUACGAUGUUUCGUUUGAUGAUGAAACCAGCAAGAAAGGUUUACCUGCAAAUGUCAAACUUUUGAAGAGCAGCAAUUAUGCAGGAAUGACGAAUCUUGCUUGGGACCCUUCUGGAAGAUUUUUAAGUGCCUGGUCUUCAGCUUGGUUACAUGCAAUUGACAAUGGUUACAGAAUAUACGAGUUUACAGGAAACUUGUUGAGAGACGACUCAGUUGAUCAAUUUAAGGAUUUCAUUUGGAGACCCAGACCUGAAAGUUUAUUGACAAAUAGUGACAGAAAGAAAGUACGUGCUAAUUUGCGUGAGUACUCUGCUCAAUUUGAAGAACUCGAUGCGAUGGAAGCUGAUGCUGCAUUGAAGGAAGCAAUUUUGGCGAGAAGAAAAGCAUUGGAGGACUGGAGAGCAUACAGAGCUAAACAUGUUAGCAAGAAAGUGCAAACCAGCGAAGUUCAAGCAGAAAUCAUUGAAGAAAUCAAAGAAGAGAUUCUCGAGGAGAAAGAAGAGAUUGUUGAGUAA